GAGAAGAAGAAGAAGAAGCUCUCCUCAGUUCCUUUUAGCCGACAGUUUUUCAUAGAUCCGCAACUAUGGAGGAGGCAAAAAACAAAGAGAAUAAGCCGUCCGAAAAGACCGAUGAGAAGGACAAGGAGAAGGAGAAGGGGCUGAAGUCCUCCGGAAAGGAGAAGGGCAAGAAAGAGGAGCAAGAACUGUCGGAGGAAGACAAGCAGUUGCAAGAGGACUUGGAGAUGAUGGUGGAGAGAUUGGCUGAGAAGAACACAGAGCUGCACCACCCUGCUCUGGAGGAGCUGCGCAGACUGAUCCGUUCCUCCACCACCUCCAUGACCUCCGUACCCAAACCCCUCAAAUUCCUGCGCCCGCACUACGGCAAGCUCAAAGAGAUCUAUGAGGGCAUGGCUGCCGGAGAGAACAAGGUGAAGCUCUAAGUGGU